AGAAGUACCAAUGACAGUUCAAAAUACGGGAAAGCCUUUAAUUAAGUUAUUGGUUUGUUGGUUAUCCAGAUUUCUUUAUAUAGUUGAAGGCCUGACCUAAUCAAUCAAGCAGAUAGUGAGUACAUAGCGUUUUGCAUAUGGCUGAUUUCAUUUUUGGCAAGUGCAAGAGCGCUGAUUAGCUGUCGUCUGACUAAUUAUAUAUUUCAAUGCCCCUAAGAGGAACUCUCACUUUUCAUGAUUAACCGAAUAUAUACUUUUACGAUAAGCCCAAGUGGGAACUACAAUUGCAGUGGGGGCCUGAUAAGAUUAGCGAAAGGUGUGAGCCAUGUUUGCCAAUAUAUAAAUGGUGUUCACGACGAAGUCUGCACAGAUUGUUUUUGUUUACCGAAACCAACUAGCCACCAACAUGCCCACCUUUGAGGAGAUCGUCGAGAAGGCCAAGAACUUCAAGAACCUGCCCUCCAAGGAGGAGUUCCUCGAGUUCUACGGCUACUACAAGCAGGCCACCGUCGGCGACUGCAACAUCGAGGAGCCGGAGGACGAGGAGAAGAAGGCCCGCUACAAUGCGUGGAAGAGCAAGGCCGGUCUGACCGCCGACGAUGCCAAGGCCUACUACAUCGAGGUCUACAAGAAGUACGCUCCCCAGUACGAAUAGGCGUUGCAUCUCCCAUCUGGGAACCUUUUAGACUUAGACCUACUCUGUGACCCUUCUAAUGAUGCAUGUUGUAACUCCCUGUAUUUAUUGUAAAUUUAUAAUAAACCAAACACCUAUGCAUUUAACAUAAAUAAAAGCCUAUCAGUUCCUAAC